AUGCAUUUUCAUUUAGAAAAAUCUACUGUAACUGUCCCAUCGGCAAAGACACCAACUAGACCAUCAACAAUAUCGAACAAUAUUAGACGAGCAACAAUCUCCUUGGUAACUCCAUCAACUGAAUCAAGUUCCUCAGCUGCAUCAACUUCAUCAUUUAUUAAUACUCCAUUUAUUUCAACUAAACCGACGAUGAUAAGGCCAAUCACCACUACAAAUGCACCAACAAAUAUUAUUUAUCAUAGUGGUCGUAUACACGUCAAUUCAUUUCCAUUGCAAUCUGUAGUGUCUGUUCAUAAAGCUAUCAUGCCACGAGGAUGCCAGAAACAACAAGAAAAGAAAGAAAAUAAUAAUUGUACGCGUACAGAAAUAUCAAGAACAACAGAUCCACAAAAAAAUAUUUUGAUUGGCAAGUUAUAUAUCUUCUUUCACAUAUUAUUUAUUUAUAUUCUAGAAUCUACUAUCGAUAAUGUUAAUCAAUCAUGUAUUACGAAGAAUAAUUCGGAGAUUUGGUAUCCAAAAAUGUCAAGUUCUGAAAAAAGUGNAAUUGUACGUGUACAGAAAUAUCAAGAAUAA